AAAAAAUAUUGAAAAAAAACGAUGUUUCGGGAUUAUCCGACCUUCAAAAGGAGUUGUGCAUGGGUGAAUAUGGUCCAAAAAUGACUGGAGUUCUUUUUGAAUAUUCGACGAAACAGAAUCUUAUCACUUCCAUGGUUUGUUGAUACCCUAGCUAUAUUAGUUUCCUUCCCAAAGUUCACAUUUUUUAAAACCAUGAUUUUCAUGCAAACAUAUUUAAAUAAAUAGUGGGCUUGAGGCCAUUGCUCGAUCCAGUGGAACUAAAAUUAAAAUCUUACAAAAUCAUCUGAAAGCCUGAUCAAUUUUCCAAUAUUUUCCGCCUUUAGAGCAAUAGUGUAAGCCAAUAAAUUUAAAAAAAAUCCAGAAUCAGAUUUCGGCAUCACUUCAAUUGGGCACUCCCUGUAAAUGAGUAAACAUGAAAUUCAAUUAAGUUCAGUGCAAGAAAUGAAACAAAUGAGUGAAAAAUCUUACAAAAAAUCGUUAUCGCCAUUUCCUAUUAUCGGUGUUGAUGGUCGCAAUUUGAAUCAAACUUGUAUGAGAUAUUUAUUGUCAAAGAAGUGAUGCGCCACUCGGUUUAUUGUAAAUCGAUUUGUUCGUUCGAAAACCAUACAGCCAUUCGGAAAGUUGAUAUUUAAGAAAAAGUGAUAAUUUCGAGUGUGAUUAUUAGGUAAUUCAAUUACCGUAAUUGAACAGGAAAAAGUCAGAACAUCAUUUUGAGAAGUUGCCCUUCAAGCAAAAUAACAAUAUAUUGAAAGAAUAGCGAGUAAAAUGGGCGUGAUUAUUGUUUUGAUUGGAAUGUUGUUGUCAGUGAAUUUGAGCAUUGCAUUGGACGAGUUGCCAUGCCAUUUCCUGGAUUCGAUAAAUAUAACCGAUGGAAAUCGGUUAGCAAAUGAUGAUAGUAUCGAAUUCAACGGUCUCGUAUAUUCAAGAAAACAAUAUGCUGAAAUAAAUUAUGUGCUACUAAGAGAUGGAACGGACCAGAUCACGGUUGAUCCAUAUAUUCGUGGGUGUAUUUGUAAUAUCAAACCGUGUGUACGGCUUUGCUGUCCUUUGGGAACACUAAAUACAGAUGAUACGGAUAUCACAGUGUGUCAAGAUCACGACAAAGGGAACAAAUUUGAGGCCGAAGUAAUUCACAAAAACAACGAAACCAAAGUAAUACCAUUGGAGCGUUUUUUUGCAUAUAUCGAGGGUAUUCCGUGUAAUUUCGUAUAUUUUGAUGAUGACUAUCAGAUAACACAUAAAGGCGAAAUUUCACGCGGAAAUUUGUCAACGAAAUUAACGCAUCAAAAUUCGUGUCUUCACGCUGGACUCAAUGCUGAAACUAAUGAAGUUGACCUAAGAUUGUUGACCUGUAUAGAACUAGAAGGAGAUGACUAUGACCUGAAUCAAUAUCAUGUCAUCCGUCACCAAAUUAUAAACUUUUGUAUGCUGAUAUCUGUAGUGUUCAUAGUCGCCACAUUAUUGGCUUACAUUUUCAUACCGAAGUUGCGAAAUUUACAAACAAAUUGCUUGAUUUGUUACCUAAUUUGCCUGGCUAUUAGUUAUAGUUUAGUUAUUUUUGUAACAUCAUUUGGUUAUCCAUCAUUUGCUUGUAUUCCGUUUGGAUAUUUCUUAGCUUUUUCGUUUUUCUCCGCUUUCUUCUGGUUGAAUGUGUUCAACUUUGACUUUUGGGUGGAUUUUCAAUCUAAGCAUCGAUUCAAACAAAUGAGUGAAAGAAAGAAGUUCUAUUUAUAUUUAGUAUAUGGCUUCGGUGGUCCAUGUCUUUUGAUACUCUUCAUUUACAUACUUGAUAAUACCGUACAAUUACCACCAAAUAUGCGACCGGGAAUCAGAGAUGGCGCUUGUUUCAUAUCCAAUAUAUUAUGGUACUUCUACACCCCAAUUGGCAUCACACUCACGAUCAAUUAUGUAUUUUUUCUAUUGAUUACAUUGAAAAUUCGUAAAAUUCAACAAGAUAUAGCCGCUGAACGAUCACAAGAGGAUGGUUCUCUAAUGCAGAAAGCGUUGAAUGAAAAGAAGGAAACUUGCAUUUUAUACUUGCGGCUGAUUUUGGUAAUGGGACUAAUUUGGAUCAUGGAGAUUGUAUCAUAUCUAAUGGACAACUUUAGUCCACUCUUCUUGAUAACUGACAUUUUAAACAGUCUCUCAGGGCUUUUCAUAUUCAUUUUGUUUAUAGUAAAUCGUCGUGUGUUACGUUUGAUCAAAGAAAGGUGGCAAAAUUUGCGCGGAAAAGCAACCACAAAUGAUAAUGACACAUCAAAUUUGAUAAGUCGCUCAGCUGCAUUCAUGCAAAUGAAUCCCAUCCUUACAAUAAAAUGAUUUCGAUUCACUUAUAUUCUGCUAUGCCCAUUAAAUUAUAUCAAAGAUUGGGAUUAUUCACGCUGAAGAGGAACAUCGAAAAAAAAGGUCUCGACUCAACAAUGAAAACAGUUUAAUCACAUUUUUACUGAGCAACUAUUUAUCCAUAUUGUUAAAUUCGUUAGAAAAAAGUGUGUAUAAAAGUUAUUCAAAACCCAAAAA